UGGAUGCGUAUUGGCACGCGUUCACGUACUAUCACCGUAGACGAUACGUAUCUAACAUAUCCAUCCGAUCUAUAUACGUAUAGUUCGAGGAGCAGUUUAGUAUUAUCAAUAAUAAUGAAUCAAGAAGGUUCCGUCUCAACGCACCACCGUUAUUUUCGGCCGACUUUUGAAUUUGAUCGAAGGCAAUAGGCAAUUCUCGAUUCGGAACUAGCAGUCGAUAACAACUCGAUCGGCGAGAACAAUGAAAAGGCAUCCAUCGAAUCGGUGAUUCUUGAGUAGUCUAGGUCCAGAUAGUCCAGGGCAAGUCGGGGCAAGUCAGGGUUGGGGUCGGUCGGGUCGGGUGUCGUUCGGGUCGGAGUGGUCGGAGUCAAGUUCCCUGCUUGCGACGUGCGCCGUAACCGCUGCGCCGCGUGUAACGUAACCGUUCGUCAGCCGUCGUCGGCAGCGGCAGUGUGGUCGUCAGAGAGCGAGCACUCGCUCUAUCACUCAGCGAUCAGAUCGGAAAGAUGGCUACGAACUUCGGGGGAGAGUGUCAGUAUUUUUACGAGGAUGUCGUCUACCGCGUAGACAAGAAGGGUAACGUCGUGUUCGGGAUCGUUAUGGUGAACGAUGAUCAGGACCUGUCCGAGGACAGCUCCGACAGCGAGGAGAGCCCGAAGAGGAGAAAGGGCGAGAUUCGCGUGGUCUGGCAUCCCUCCGGUGUCGAGCAGUUGGUCAACUCGAAGAAGGUACAUUUGGCGGACAGGACGCUGAUGCCAGGAGACGUCGUACGUAGGAUGAUCAAGGGAAAGGAUACGCAGAGGGGAUACUGUCGAGACAUCGAGCUUACCGCUUGCGUUCAGGUGAUCGGCACCAAACAGGUCCUCACGAAUGUCAGGAGCGAAGAUUUAGUUCCUUUGGAAGAAUUUGCGACGGACAUAGCUGUUUGCAUGGAUUCGUGGGUCGGUGGCAUAAAGAUAGUGAAUUUUAAACUGUGGCUCACCACGCCCGACGGAUCUCGCUGCGUUAUAAAGGACACAGAUUCCGGACAGUUGGAGGAGAGGCGCGACAACGACAACGACUUUCCUCGCUCUUCCGAAUUCUAUCCUGGUCAAAGUUUGUGGGGACCGGUUCAAUGCCUGGAGGAUGCUCAGUGGAUCACGUGUACAAAAGAGAUGAAAGCGAAGAGGAAAUCGAAGCCGCAGAAGUUGACGAAAGUGAUAGUAGAAAAGGUUGAGAUGGACUGGAUAGGAGUGCAUUGGCAAUGUAGAGCUUAUUCGAAGGACGGUGCGUGGUCGGACGAAGAUCAACCGAGGUUCAUGGUCCAAGGGGAGAAUCUAAAGAGAUUGAAACUGUUGAACGUUUUCGAACCGUCUACCGUGCAAGUGGGGGAUCGAAACUUUUAUGUGAUCAAAGGCGACGAGAACGUUACCACGCGAGAGCAAUGGAGAAAACAGCAAAGAGAUGUUUUUCAAGUUCCUAAGCAGAGUCCAAAGAAGAUGCGUCCAAAUAUCAGCGUUACGAAGCCGGCUGAAGAUAGGAAAAAGGAGAGAGUCAACGAACAACAACAACAAAACGUGGACGACAGUGCUCAAAUCAAUAUUAGCAAUACGCAAAGUGUGACGAGUAACAAUACGUUAAUGCCCCCGGUACAAAAUCAGAAUACUGAAAGUUCGGAUGACUGGGAUACAGAGGACACGGGAUCGCAAAGUGACACUGCUUCGAUAUCCAGCGGAUGUUCCAGUAUGUCGUCUAUGGGUAAGAAAAAGAAGGGUCCGGCGUUGAUGACCAAGAUAUUAAAAAAGAAGAGGCUGUGCAAAGCAAAAAAGAAGGUGCCGCCGGUUCCGCUUGUUCCGGGAACUAAAAUUGUCGUGGAAACUUUGUCCACGAGUACGAGAGCCAACGUUGUAUGGCAGGACGGUUCGGUAGAAUUUGGUAUUCCAUCUACGCAACUUUAUCCGAUUCAUCACUUGGACGAUAAAGAAUUCUUCCCCGGGGAUUUUGUAGUCGAUCAGAAAGAAGAAUCCAGGAUGUACGGUGUGGUUCAAAGCGUCGAUCAUCAAGGUAGAACGGCUAAAAUCAAGUGGUUCAAAACGUACACUUCUAGUCAAAGUCCGCAACCGACUUUACUGGAAGAACGCGAGGUUAGCGUGUAUGAUCUGAAGGAUCACCCCGACUUUCAGUACAGACCGGGUACACUGGUAAUCCGAAUAGCUAACUUCGAGGGCGAAGAUGCCGGAUGUACCGCUGGUCAAGUGCUAGAUAAUUAUCCGGAAGGUCGAGUCAAAGUGUGGUGGGUCGACGGACACGUAAGUAUGUGUUGGCCUCAAGAUCUUUAUAAAGUAGGUGAAUACGAUAGCGAAGAGGGAGAAUUGUGGGACGAUGUGUCGUCCGACGCGUCAUGGGAAACCGAACUGGAGGACUGCUUCAUCGCCGAUAACGACGUCACGGAACCAGCGGAACUGGAAAAUUUGAAACCGAAAUUGGCCGCGCACAUUGAGAAGGCUCGCAUAGCGAUGUCCAGGUUGGAAGAGAUAUUCACGCAGAACCCGUCACUUCAGACGACCGAGGUCAUGAGGAAAUUGUUAGAAGUCUACAAGGAUUGCCGGUACAUGGACAAGCUCAUGGGCACCUCUUUCUUCCACGAGUCCCAUUUCCAAGGACUGUUGGAGAGGGUCCGGGAACGCGGCAGAGCGAACGUGGCGCAACGUAUGGCGGACCAAGUGAACAGACUGUUCACGCACAAGUCCGAUGGCUCGGAGGGGAACGUGGUAAAUUCAGGCAGCGUGCAGCCUGGAAUUAAUUGCGAGAAGAUGAUCACGGUGACUGACAUGACUGGAUCGUCGAUCGAUGAUGAUAACAAGGACGACGAAGACGCGGACAAGCGGAACGCGAAAGGUGAAGAAUCAAUCGAUCGUUUGUUCAUCAACGUCAAUCCGAAUCCUGAGGAUUCCGGAUUGUAUUCCGCAGAGAAUUCGAAGAAAGAAUCUGGAUCCAGCGAGUCGAGCGGGGAAUUUCUACUCAGCGAAGACGCGAACAAAGUGCCACCGGAUCGUUCGGUCGAGAAGACGGAGGCGAACAAGGGAUCCAGGUCGCAGAUCCACAUAACGAGUUCUCAUGUGGCCAGUUCUCAAGUAUGCGUCAAAUUGUGUACCCUGGUGAAAGCUCAGCUCGUGUUGGCUCACGCGGAAGUCUCCAGGCGGUUCGGAUUGUCAAAGAUGUCGUUGUCCGACGCCGAGAAGGGUGGUUCGUCGCCGUUGAAGAAACAAAAGAAGACAGAGGUAGAGGAGGAAGAGGAGGAGAUGGAGGAGGAAGUGGGGAAGCGCAUAGAAUUGUUGCAAGAACCAUCGGACUGUUCGAUGGACGUUCCACCGCCGGUUUACCCGGAAGGAGAAGGCUUUUCUAUAGAAGAGACAGCGCCGGACAGUCACAAGUUCAAAUUAACGAUGUUCCAGCCGACGGACCCGACCAACUUUUUCAGGACUGUUUCCAAGGAGUUGAAACUCCUGAAGAAUUCACUUCCACCCGGUAUAUGGGUGAAAGGAUUCGAGGACAGGAUAGAUCUGUAUUCCGUCAUGUUCCGCGGACCCGAGAAGACGCCGUACGAAGACGGUCUGUUUCUUUUCGAUUUUCAAUUGUCUGCCGAUUACCCAGCUGCCCCGCCGCUAUGCCAUUACAUUUCUUACUGCAACGAUAAGCUGAAUCCGAAUCUGUACGAAGACGGUAAGGUGUGCGUAAGUCUGUUGGGUACGUGGUCCGGCCGUGGAACGGAAGUAUGGACGAGUUCCUCGACCCUGCUGCAAGUAAUAGUGUCGAUCCAGGGCCUGAUCCUCGUGCCCGAACCGUACUUCAACGAGGCCGGUUUCGAGAAGCAGAAGGGCUCUCAACAGGGAAAAGAAAAUUCGAGGAUGUACAACGAGAUGGUCGUACUGAAACUGGUGCAAGCACAGACCAAGUUGUUGCAGCACCCGCCGCCCGUCUUUAGAGAUAUAAUUAUCGAGCAUUUCAAAAGGCACGCGAACAAAUUACUGCAACGUUUGGAACUGUGGAUGGAAAUCUCUGAACAUCAUAAUAAUCAACAUCCGUUGUCGCCGGUGACGCCUACUACGUUCAAACAAAUAUCCGACAUCGAAGAGAAAAUUUUACCGGAAUUCCCGUUGAUACCAGCGUCCAGAGGUUUCUGCAUAACGCUACGCAAAACUUUAGCUACGUUCAAAGACGUAUUGAUUCGCGAAGGAAUCAUAGAAAGGGACAAGGAAACUCGGGAUUGCGAGACUGUGAAAGAAGAGACAAGUACGAGUCACGAAACGAGUAAAAGUAACGAUAGCAAUACGAUCGAAAGUAAAAGAAAGAGCAGCGAAGAAAGCUGCAAGUUAACGGUGGACAGCAGGCUGUCCAACGACCGCGUCUCGUCGUCGCCGUCGUCGUCGUCAUCGUCGUCUACGAGUAUCACCUCCGCGCCGGCGAGCGAAACGAAGAAACCCACGUCGGAUCACACCAUCAGUUAGCCACAAGGUAAACCUAAGUUUAAACCUAAAAAUUCAGCGCGUAAAAAGUACACGAUUAUUCGGUAAAGAAAUAUUCGGUUAAUUUAUUAUCAGGGGUUCGCGAGAAUAUCGAGGGUCAGGCGAGAGUCUCGACGUUCUCGAGGUUUCUCGCUCCGAUCCCCCCAACCCGUCUUCGGGUUCUCGCACACCUCUAUCUACUACAUACACACACGCGCGCGCGCGUAUUAAAUGUUAUACGUUCAAUGAUAUUCGCGGUAUCUAUUUAUUAUAACAUGAACACCACUACUAACAAGCGAUGAAGUUUCAACUGAGAAAUGCCGCUGUCAUUGCUCCGCAGCUAGAAAUAUUAUUUGUUACGGUAGAGUAAUCACGAUAGUAAGGUAAUAACGAGAGUACGAUCGCAUAGGCACGUAUGUACUGGCAAAUAAGAUCUUGUUCUUGUAAAAAAUUUCACGAUGCUUCCGGGAUAUAUUUCACGGUCUGGUUCAGGAUGUUAUAUAGAAUAUAUAAUGACGCGUAUCACCUGUUAUAUAUCAUAUAUAAUGUUGUAACGGUAACAGAUAUAAAAUUCGAUAUUCGGCGAAUUAAGGAAUAAAAAGUAUAUACACGAGAUAUCACACACGCAUUUAGUUAAAAACACACACACACACACACAAUGAGAACUUGACUGAACACUAAAGCAGAUGAAAAUAAAGAGAGUGAAAGUAAUUUCGGAUAGGCGACGAAAGCGUAACAUCGUAUAAAAAGAAAGUGAAAUAGAUGAAAUUAAAAGGAGGAAGGUGUAACCACAGUAAGAGUAGUAGGUCGAGCAAACGCGAGUAUGCGUUCGCGAUAGCUUUUAAGAGACGAUAAUAACUAUUAAUUCUAAAUGCAUUUCAAUGAAUAAACUUCGAGUGACAACGUCACCUCUACCGACUUGUACGAGAGAAAGGAGUAACAACUACUUCAUCGUAUCCUUCGGACUACCCUUCGAAGAUCAUCAAGGCCAUCCACUAAAUACAGUAUUUCGAGCGAAAUUACGGGGUAAUUUUUUGAUUGCAAAUAGGUCGUAGAUUAGGCGCAAAUGAUUCGUAUUUAGAUGAGCAGAAAUGAUUCGUGUCCAAUGUUGUUAGAACAUUUCUCUAACGUAGUUUGUAAAUUGAUAGUAAAUUACAAAACGCGGUAUUCAUCAUUGCUAAGAAGUAAAAGAAGAAAGAAGAAAAAAAAGCAGAGAAAAAUAGCGUUCCCUUUUACCGGUAAUAAUUCGUUUGACGGUACGUUUUUAGGAAAAGAAAAAUUGCCUUCGCGAAUCUCCCGCUCACUCGGGUCAUCUCUUUCGCCAUGCCGCGCGAUCAGUUCGAUCGACUGCGCGACAAGUACUUACUUAUGGUCACCGAAAGUACUCGUAGUAAUACAUAUACGACGCGUAAGAAAAGUUUAACAGUAUUAUUUAUAUUUAAUUUCUUAUUUAAUUUCUAUCUCUUCGAUGUAAUUAAAGUAAUGACUCGUGUUUGCCACGAGGGAACAUCGUACUAUCGUAGUAGUACAUUUAAAAAUGUAUGCGAACGCGGGAAGCAUGAGAAGUAUGACAGAGGCGCGAAACGAGAUUUAUGCGAAUGUGCAUUUUGAAAGUGAUGCCAGUCAGUUUGCCCGCAACCAAGUAUAAUAUUGGAGAACAAAAGUCUUUUCCUCCGCUCCGCAUAAUUCUCUUAUUUUUAUUCGUGUCGUUACAUUCUAUUCUGUUCGUUUGGAAAAUCCAAAAAUGCAUCUUCACUGCCCCAUCGUCACGUCCCUGUAUAAAAUCGUUUUCGUUGAAACUUAUUCGUGGAUUCUUCAACUUGUACAUUGCACUCUCUUCUUCGUUACUGUUAUUAUGUUUAUAGGCACGCGUUAGCACUAGAACGAUCGACGCUGUAAAAAGACUUGAGAUUUCUUAUUCUGAAACUACCAAGAUGUAUUCCGUCGUCGUCGUUGUCGUCGUCGUCGUCGUCGUCGUCGUCGUCGUCGUCGUCGUCGUCUUGAGAAAAUCGAGAUCUUCGUAGCUCGUUCUACUGUUAAUCGAUCGAA